UUUUGGAUGUAUGAUACUUAAAGUUUAGAGAAAUACAAAUAUUUUGUUAUAACUCUUAUCAUAACAUCAAUUUUAUAUUAAUUUCUUUUGUCGAGGAAAAGUGACGGAGUGCUCCGAUAUUACUCCGAAGUUUAUUCACCCAAACUCGUCCUGAUUCCUGAAGUAUUGAAUUUACAGACCAAUGGACUUAUAGCAUUUUAUAUAGUAUGUGAACAGUAUACUUUAUAUUUCAUCAUUCUGUUGCUAUGUAUUGAUGUCUGGUACCUAGAAAUGGCUAAGGUAGUGAGACAUACAGUUUCUCUCUUCUCAAACGACCAAAAAACACUUAUAUCUGCAAAAUUCGAGAAGGUAUGAAAAUUGACACUGACCUAUAUUGCUGUAUUAUGACUGGAUGGUUAAUGUUUACUAUCCCUAUUUAUAUAUAAUUGUAGUGCUGUUUAUCCGUACUUGGUUGUAAAGACAAUCAGAUCAAUGUUGAUUUUGAUUUGAAUGGUAAAGAUUUGAGAAUUCAACCCGAUGAUCACGGUGUUAGGUUAGAGGUAGGCAAGGAAUUACCCAUUUUACAGAAGACACCAUAUACUGGGAUUUUUGCCAGGAGGACCCCCUGUAUACAGAAGAUCCCCCUUCUGAAAGAAGAACCCCCUUCUGAAAGAAGAACCCCCUACACAUAAACAUUGCUUCUCAUGAUAUCACCCUACCUGGCAACCCCGGCCUUCUCCUGGACAUCUCUUCCUACACAUAAAGUUAGCACCCCUUGUCACCCCCUCUUGCCAGAGAAAUGUUUUCAUUAUGGUACUUUAUUUUCUCCCACUCAGCACCCAAGCAGUUGUCCAUGUCGAUUCCUUACACUGUCUGACAUAUCAAAUCUAAGUGAGAAAUCCAGACAAUCAGGGGUCAGAGUUGGUGUGUCGUUCGUCAUUGAAUCAGCCGAUGGUCAUGUAUUACUCACCAAACGUCCCAAGGCAAUGCGAAGUUUCCCUAACAUAUGGGUAACACCAGGUACUUUGACAAAUAACUAAAUUAAUAUGAAAUAAUUGGACUGGCAUAUGUGCCUAUCACUUAUUUUAUGUAGUCGCCUAUUCCAAUUUGACUCUAACAAUUAACAAACACUGUGGAUUUUCGUUCGAGUACUCUAUAUUCAGGGCCGGAUUAACCAUGUGGCAGAUGCGGCAUAUGCCGCGGGCCUCGCGCUUUACUGUGCCACGCCUAUUUUUACGAGAACACGCCCAUUUUCUAGUGGGACACGCCCAUUUUAGGUACCUCGCGAAUUUAGAUGCCUCGCAAAUUUAGGGACCUCGUGCAUUUGUUCAUAGCGAAGGAGGGGUGGGGGUUGGGGCCUUGCGCUGAAAAUCUGCCACAGGCCUCGCGCGACGUUAAUCCGGCCCUGUCUAUAUUCUUCUUGUAGUAACACUGGAUCAAUAAGUGAACACUCUUACUAUACCUUUAGCAAGAAAUGCCAAGAAUAGUUUAGAACUGAAAGACCUAUAUCCAGUAUAAAGUUAACGUUUCUCAGUAGACAGACACUGUACCUUAUUAAUUGUGACUUUAAAUAUUUUGUAGGUGGUCAUAUAGAGGAUGGUGAAACGGUGAGAACCAAGUUAUUAAUUUGUGACCAUAUAUGAUAAUGGUGACCCGUUUUUGCUUGGGAUUGCUUCAAAUUUAUGUGAAGCUAACACCUUUUCUACAUUUAGUUACAACAAGCAGGAAUUCGUGAAGUUCAAGAAGAGACUGGCGUUUUGACAACAGAUGCCAAUUUUACAAUGUUGGGAUUGUGGGAGGUAUAUGCUUCUACUGGCAAGCUGUUUGAGGACAGUGUCAGUACUUAAUGGUUUUUGAAAUAAACAUUAGUAGUAACAGUUCUCAGUGUAGGUUGUGGUCUUGAAAUACACGUCCUUUGCAGUAGAUUCUCACUAGCCUAAACUUCAAAUUGUUGGUUCUCAGUGUAGGACUGGUAUAAUUUGAUAAACAUGUCACUACAUUCCUGGUGAGAUGUUUUCUCUAAAAUAUAUUUUACUUUACAGUCAGUGUAUCCGCCGGUGCUGGCAAUGGGCUUACCAACGUCACAUCAUAUUGUAGUGUACAUGUUGGCACAGAUGCCCCAGGCACACAGUGAGAUUGAACUAACAUUACAAGAGAGUGAAGUGAGUGCCGCAGCCUGGCUAGAUGAAUAUACUGUGGCGGAGAUUGUAAAAAGUGACGAGUAUGGAAAAACCAGAAAUGUUACUCAGAAAUACUUCAGGUAUAAUUGAACAAACUUUGAAGCAACAAAAGAGCUAAUCUGACUUUCUAAUCUAGCUUUGUGCUAAUCUGACGGCCACUCAUCUUGUUUAACCCAUUAAGCGCCAGCGCUUCUCCCCUUGACAAGUAAAAUCUUCCGUCUCCCACAGUCCCGGUAUAAAACGAUCCAUUGACCACCAACUCAGUAAUCCAAAAAUAUGUACAGUACCACUGUGCCAAAUUAAAUCAUUCUCUUGCUUUAAUUUAGUGCAAAGGUGAUAGAAAAUGGCCAACAGGUUGACAAAAAACUACCACUGUCUCCGCUCAUGGCGUGCAUGCCUCAAUCUGAAGAUUGGACCUUGCCGAGACUAUCCAGCGGGAGUAAGUUUGCAUUACGUCAGUGGAUGCAAAACCAUUGUGCACCUUGACAAGACCUCAAUGGAUAAGAUUCACACAUUCCCAUUCGUAAAACAGUGUGUUCCAAUUUAUUACAAAAUAAGGCUACAUUCAAAAUGACCAGAUGAAUUCAGAACCGCACUAAAAUUUUCAUGAUAUUGCCUUUGGAGUACAGUAAUUCAUGUGUGAAACUGUACAAAUUCAAGCCUUGCAGUUAAUAGUUAGCGGUUGCAAUGCUCGAAUUUGUUGAAAUUGUUCACAUGGGAAUCUGUAUGGUUACUGUAGCUGCUAACCAUGUUUUAGGGCAAAUGAUCACCAGUGAAAAUACUUCAUUGAUCUAUGGCACUGUAGUCUGUAUAGCUAUCUGAAUAGCAGACAGCCAAGCAUACAGAAUUUAUAAUUUAUGUACUAAGCCACUAACUAUAUAAUAUCUAUACAAUUUGAUUAUUUCACCAAAACUAAAACUGUUCCAACAAACAUGUUUGAUGUUUUUGUUAGGUCCUGAGUAACAGAAUAUUUCUUUGAUAAAAAAUUGCCAUCAUAACCGAUUAUCUUCGAUUGGUUCUUCUGAUUUUAAUUUAUUUAUAAGUUUUGAAAAUCCUUCUUGAAUACUGUUCUUAUUUUCGGAAGAACAUCCAUGAAUUAUCCAGUCAUAAUGCCGAGCAACCUCGAUGAGGUUUAAAAUAUCUGUUAUCUAAAACAAAAUUAAUUUGAAACAAAUAAAUAUAAUUAUAUUUAUAGUCAAUGGAGACAGGAUAAUGACGUAAUAUCUAUUACUUCGCCAAGCCAAAUUAAAGUUGGUUUGGUUUGUUAAUUUUUGGAACAAUAUUGUUGCAAAUAACAAGAAUAAAAUGUAAACGCAAUCUUUAAUACCUCUACCAAGUCCUUAGCAUCACUCAGAUCCUGUUUAUUGGCAAGAACUAACAAUGGAAGGCCAGCGAGAGUUGAGUUACGAAGGACCUUAGCAAGACUUUGUGCUGCCUCAUUCAGGUGACUACUGUCCGAACUGUCCACCACGAAAAUCUUUGAUUGUAUAAAAAGUAAAGGAAAGAAAUUGAGAAAUGAUAUAAAUCAAACUCUUAGAAUCAAAUUUUGCUUGGGAAUAUUUUUGUAAUAUUUUCUCAUACAAUGCCUUGUGAUCCAC